AUGGCCUACCCACCCUUGGAUACAACCUCUGAUGAAUACACCAAUAUACCCACCUCGUUUACGAAGGUGAACACGAUAAUUAAUGGCUCGCUGUGUGAACGUAACAGUAUUCCAGCUAGAAUUACGUCACGAUACAGCCUAUCUGGAUGUCUAUCUUUCCCACGUUCUUUAACAAGUUUCAGAAAUAUUGCAAGUUACAGUAAUAUACGUAAACGAACUAGUAAUCCAUGCAACCUGGUGAAUGUCCCUGUAACUGCUAGUAAUCUGGAAAACCACCGAGAGUACUGCGCUGUUCCAUCUCUCUUUGUUACCAAUGCCUGCCACAUAGCAAACAAGGUGGACGUACUGUCUGCAGUGGUUGCGAUAAACAAUCCCUCUGUAAUUUUGGUUACAGAAUCCUUGUUAUCGUCUGAUAUUUCGGAUUCUAUUAUUAACAUAGGAAAUACUUACAAUUCAUAUCGACUCGAUAGACCUACGCCAGGUGGUGGUAUUUUGGCAUACAUUAAAUCUGACCUACCUGCUAAACGCCUUCCUGAACUAGAAGAGGAAGGAAAAGAAGCACUCUGGCUAUUAUUAAAACCACCCAGAACACCGAGAACUUGCAGUUUCGUCAUUGUAGUAGGCGUAUACCACCCUCCAGGUCAAAGUAAAGAGAAUGAACAUGAGAUGUUGGACUACCUAACUCAAAAGAUGGACAUACAUUGCUUUAGAUGAGCGCCCUUCUGCCCGCAUAUUAGUAACUGGGGACUUCAACAAGUUGGACUUGAAUCCUUUGUGUCGCCGUUUUAAUCUACGCAAACAGGUCAAGUCGCCCACGAGAGGUAAAAAUAUUUUGGACCAGAUACUUACCAAUAUGUCGGAUCUGUAUGACGAAGUUCUUCACAUUCCACCUAUCGGACGUUCCGAUCACCAAUGUUUGAUCUUACCACCAAAAACAAGCCAGAAGAUGCCCCCCGUUUCAAAGAAAUAUCGACAAAUGAAACCAGAGAGCUUAAACGUUCUGAGACUGAAAAUGAAUCUUGAAGACUGGGAGAAAGUAUAUUCCGAAUGGGAUAUCUUUAAAUCUAUCGUUAACCUGAGUAUCAGGCUCUAUUUUACAAAUAGAGCCUGACACAAAACUUAACCUGAUCGCUUUCCGCCCACAGCAAAGUUUAUAUUUAGUAUCCAAUCAAAAUGUCGCAGGAGAAAUUUAAAUUUCACACAACGACAACAACAAUCUAAUUAUAGCAUAGGCGCUCACUAAACGGCUGAAUUUAAAUUAAAACUGCAAUGAACUUAUAAAAUUAACAAAAAUAAUCACAAAUUAGCGAAAUAUAUUGCAAAUGUAGCUUAUAUUAAAUCGCCACCCGAUUGCUCUCUCCUCCGCAGAGGUUUCAGUGACUACAAUGAGCUUUACAUGGCGCUUGCCGUAUUUAUCAACAAACAGUGUCAGUGACGUAUAAUUAUAAAGUGUAUAUAUAUAUAUAUAUUAAGUAUACUUUAUAACUAUACGUCAGUCGAUAGUGCAAUCUGAUGGCGAUUUAAUAUAAGCUACAUUUGCAAUAUAUUUCGCUAAUUUGCGAUUAUUUUCUAAUUUUACUGCAGUUUUAAUUUAAAUUCAGCCGUUUAGUGGGCCGGCUAUAAUUGUAGUUGUGAUCGUUAUAAAAUAUAUCAACAACAAUAGUAUAAUCUAAUUAGCACCAGCCAAUCAAAUAACAGAUUUAAAAAUCGUUUGUCUAAUCGGCCAAUCAGCGCUCAGUCCAGAUUCUGGACUGAACAAACCAGGCAAAAUGCCACUUUUGUGUCAGGCCGUACUUUUCUCCCCUUCGCCCACGAUCAGGCGUGCCUGUGCCCUAAAAAGUACGGCCUGAUACUCAGGUUACUCUAUCGUUAUCUGUAUUCUUGAUGAAGCCAUACCCGGGAAAACAGUUCGCGCACACUGUACGGACAAACCGUGGAUGACCUCCAAUAUUAAAGCGUUGAUAAAAGCAAGACAGAGAGCAUUUACGAAAGAGGAGACACCGAAGUAUAAAAGUUUACACGCAAAAGUCACUAGGCUGAUAUCCAACGCUAAACCUACGUACUACAAAUCCAAGGCUGAAGGCAGCCAUCAAUCCAAUACCGCUAAAUGGUAUAAAACGAUUUACAAGCUAGCCGCAGCAACCGAAAACAAACAAUCUCUGACCUCGCCUGACCACGCUGACCUAAUGGAAAUGGCUGACAGACUAAAAAGAAGUUUUACUAAGCCUUGGCUAGGAAUUCAACCAGAUCUUCCCAGACUUCAAACGGUAGAGCAUUUGCUCAAGGACAGCCACCCACCUCUCCCAUCCAUUGGCCAUGUCAAAACCGUCCUAAAACAUCUAAAUCCUAGGAAAGCCACUGGGUCGGGUAAUAUCCCUGCAUGGUGUCUUAAACGGUACGCAGAAGAAUUAGCACAAGUGGUCUACGAUAUUGUGGUUGCAAGCAUAGUUCAAUGCAAAUAUUCCACCUCCUACAAGCAUGCAAUCAUCAGUCCCAUACCAAAGAUCCGUCCACCCACAGACCUAGAUAAUGACUUCCGCCAAGUUUCCGUGCUACCACAACUAGCAAAAGUUAUCGAGAAGCUACAGCUCCAACUCAAUAAAUUCAGUUUCAACAUAUAUCAAAACAAACCAGCACGCUUUCACGAGCGGUCACUCCACGGGCAGAGCCCUUACCUCCAUAUCUCAGAACUGGUUCGACCCAACGGACAACUCCUCAACCGGUUGACAAGGUGUCCACGCCCUAUUUGUUGA